CAAGACGGAGCUAAAAGACCCGGAUGUUCCCUCUCUCGCGUCUCGUGAUGAGGUCUCCGUGCCGUGUCCUCACUCGAGUCGGAGCAGCGCUAAGAUUAUCCGGUCACGCUCUCCACGGAAGACCUCCGCGCGUGUACGGUAUUCACGACCGUCAGGCCUCGCAAUGCUCGAAACCAUAUUACAUCACGACUCCCAUCUUCUACGUCAACGCGUCUCCUCACAUCGGUCACGUGUACUCCGCGGUCACCGCAGACUGCCUGCACAGAUACAAACUCUUAAAGGGAUACAACUCCAGGUUUGCCACAGGUACAGAUGAACAUGGUCUCAAGAUCCAGCAGGCAGCCAGUAAUGCAGGGAAAGAGCCUCUGAGCUUCUGCACCGAGAUCUCAGAGAGUUUCAAGCAUGUUUUCCAAAGAUGUAGCAUCUCUUACACGGACUACAUCAGAACAACAGAGCAGAGGCACACACGAGCCGUCGAAGACUUCUGGAUGGUUCUCCAGAGCAAAGGCUUCCUCUACAAAGGCACGUAUGAAGGCUGGUACUCCACUCCAGAUGAAAGUUUUCUCACUCCAGCUCAAGUCACUGAUGGCACAGACUCAGAAGGGAGACGGAUCAAGGUUUCCAGUGAGAGCGGCCACAAGGUGGAGUGGAUGAAGGAGGACAAUUACAUGUUCCGUCUAUCAGACUUUCGCACGGAAGUGCUUCGCUGGCUUCGAUCGAACCCGAAGGUCAUCCGGCCGGUGAAGUUUCAUGACUUGGUUCUCCAGUGGCUGGAGGACGAUGACAUCCCAGAUCUGUCAGUGUCCCGGCAGAAGAGCCGGCUCCAGUGGGGCAUCCCAGUCCCGGGAGACCCGGAACAAACCAUCUACGUGUGGCUGGACGCUCUGGUCAACUACCUGACGGUGGUGGGUUACCCUCAGAAUCACGCUCAGUGGUGGACGGCGGUGCAUCACGUCGUGGGUAAGGACAUCCUCAAGUUUCACGCUAUAUACUGGCCGGCGUUCCUCAUGGCUGCGGGGUUGCCUCUUCCUCGGAUGAUAUACGUUCACUCCCACUGGACGGUGGAGGGGAAGAAGAUGUCCAAGAGCCUCGGAAACGUGAUCAACCCGUUGGACGCCAUUGAGAAGUUCAGUGCGGAUGGUUUGAGAUACUUUCUCCUCAGACAAGGCGUUCCGGAUUCGGACUGCGACUAUUACGACGAUAAAGUCGUGAAGGUGUGCAACAGCGAGUUAGCGGAUGCUUUAGGAGGGCUGUUGAACCGCUGCACCGCGCCCUCGCUCAACCCCGCACAGCUGUAUCCUCGCUUCUCCAACACCUGCUUCCCAAAGGAAGAGAACUGUGGGAAAGCCGUCUCGGAUGAUUACAGGAUGAUGGAGGCUGUAUCAGCGCUUCCGGUCGUAGUAGAGCGGCACUUUGAGAAUCUAAACAUCUAUAAAGCACUGGAGGCCAUCAGCGCAUGCGUGCGCCUCACUAACAGGUUCGUCCAAAGACACGCCCCGUGGAAGCUGGACCGGAAGGAGGACCAGCAGUGGCUUGACACCAUCCUUCACGUGUCUUUGGAGUGCCUCAGGAUGUAUGGGAUACUCCUGCAACCUGUGGUGCCAGGGCUUGCUCAUAAAAUCUUAUCCAGGCUGGGAGUCGCGCCUGAGGAGAGGAGCUGGGAUUCUCUUAACUUCCUGAGGAGAUAUGAAGGAGGAGACUGUGUGUUGGAAGGACGAGCGCUGGGUCCUGAUUUGGGAGUGUUGUUUAGUCGUCUUGAGAGGAGCCCGGUGAAAAGGAAGACUCCCAAAAUGGCAACAACACAAGACGAGGGAAAAUCUUAA